GGCAUCACCAUCAACAGGUCAGGACUAGGAUCUAGAUAAGGAGUCAAAAUGGCAAAAACCAAAACCUUACUUUUUCUGUUCGCCAUCCUGGUUUCAUCCACGAUAAUCUUGGCACAAGAACAAAGUGAAGCAACUGAAGCUUCAAAUGAUUCUGAAGCCACGUCCGCCGCUUCCAGUGAUUCCAGUGACCAGCCACCAAGCCAAGAAGUAGGCCCAGCGGGUCUCGGACUGAAAUUCCCUAAGUUGCCUGACUUUUUAGGAGGCCUUUCACGUCCAAAGCGGUCUGCACAAAGAGAUAAUCGACGCCGAAACAGGAACAACAGAGCUAGCGGAGAUAAUAGCAAUAAUGGAAACAACGGGAAUAAUAGACGUAAUAGGAACAACAGGCGUUCGAACAGGAGUAACAACCGUCGUGGUCGUGCGGUCAGAUGCAACUUUAAGAAGCAGGGUCGUAACAUGUGCACGUCAUGCACGUCACGUCAACGUUGCAACCGUUCCAACGUUGGUAGAGAAAUUCAAUGCCGCGGACGUACUCCAUACUGCAGGAAUGGUCGUUGCUCCAGAAGGAAAGGGGCACUUUGCAGUUCAUCUACGUCCACAACAAGUGGUGAUUCUUCCCAAAGUUCCGGUGGCAGUGAGGAAUCAGGAUCCUCCUCCAGUUCGUCGGGCACCACAAGUUCGAACGAGGACAAUUCAGGGUCUUCCAGCUCAGGGUCAUCGAGCUCAUCCAGCUCAUCAGACUCGUCGGACUCUAACUCAUCUAGUUCAUCUUCCUCGUCGGAUUCCGACUCCUCCAGUUCAUCAUCCUCUUCGGCUUCCGAUUCAUCUAGUUCAUCUACUGCCUCUGAUUCUGAUUCUUCUAGCUCAUCAUCCUCAUCAAGUAGCACAACCGCUUCUGGUGACGAUAGUUCAUCCACGACAUCAGGGUCAGACUCAGACACGACUAGUACAACCGCCUCAGAUUCUACUAGCACAACAGAGUCGUCAGAUUCAUCCAGUACCUCUGACUCGACCAGUUCUUCAGAAGAUUCGACUAGUUCUUCGAGUACAUCGGACUCUACCAGCACUUCAGAUUCAACCAGUACUUCUGAUUCAACCAGUUCAUCAUCCACCAGCUCAUCAACUUCAACUACCAGUAGUGAUGACGGUAGUGAUGACGUUAAUAGAACAAGAGGGACAGUUACAUCUACAAUAAUCUUGGCACAAGAACAAAAUGAAGCAUCCGAAUCCUCAAACGAUUCUGAAGCUACGUCUGCUGCUCCCAAUGAUCAGCCACCAAGCAAAGAAGUAGGCCCGUCUGGUCCUGGACCUAAGGGCCCUCCGCUACCUGACUUCUUUGGAGGCCUCUCACGUUCAAAACGGUCUGCUCAAAGAGAAAACCGUCGCCGGAAUAGAGUAAACCGGGCUAACAGGAAUAACGGUGAUAAUAUCGAUGGUGGAAAUAACAGAAAUAAUAGACGGAAUAGGAUUUACAGACGUAAUAAUGGGUACAAUAGGCGUAACAACAGAGGUAGCAAUCGAGGCAACAACAGAGGCAACAACAGAAGCAAUAACAGAGGAAACAACCGUCGUACCUGCGACUUCAAGAAACAGGGUCGUUCUAUGUGCACAUCGUGCACCUCAGCCCGCCGUUGCUAUCGCAACAACGUCGGCAGAGAUAUCAAAUGCAGUGGUCGUACCCCUUACUGCAGGAAUGGCCGGUGCUCCAGAAGGAAAGGAGCGCUUUGUCGUAGCUCUACUUCCACAACAAGUGGUGGUUCUGAAAAUGAUUCUUCUUCUUCUUCUGGUGGAGGUUCUGGAUCUUCGUCCAGUUCGUCGGGAACGACAAAUUCCAAUGGAGAUGACUCUGGGUCUUCCAGCUCAUCAGGAUCGUCCACAUCGUCAGGAUCAGGAUCAACUACUUCAUCAGGUUCAUCAAGUUCGUCAGACUCAUCAGAUUCAUCCGAUUCUGACUCUUCCAGUUCUUCAGAAUCAUCUAGUUCAUCAUCUUCAACUACUUCCACAACCGCCUCUAGUGACGAUGAUUCAUCCACCACGAAGGGAUCAGAUUCGGAAACAACCAGUACAACAGGCUCAGAUUCAACUAGUACUUCUACAACUGGUUCAGAUUCAACUAGUACUAGUACAACAAGCUCAGAUACUACUAGCACAACAAGCUCGGAUACGACCAGUACGACGGAGUCAUCUAGUGAUUCAGACUCGUCUAGUGAUUCUGACUCCACUAGCUCAUCAAGCACUAGCUCUUCGUCUUCAUCUGACUCCACAAGUACUACUAGUACAUCUGACUCAACUAGCACUUCGGACUCAACAAGUACUACCAGCACAUCUGACUCAACUAGCACUUCAGACUCAACAAGUACAAGUGACUCUACUAGUACGUCAGACUCAACUACUUCAGACUCAACGAGUACAACUAGCACAUCUGAUUCUACCAGCACGUCAGAUUCAACAAGUACCAGUACGUCUGACUCCACUAGUACCUCAACCUCUAGUUCUUCUACAUCAACUUCCACUACUAGUAGCGAUGAUGAUGAAGAUGAUAGUUCAUAAAAGGUAAAACCUUAAGAUCAACGUAAGAGUGAUGAAAAAUAUAAAUAAAUAUAGUAAUCUUUGAAAAAAAACUGUUUAUUGAAGAGCUCUCUGUACGCUUUUAAAUUCUUUGAAACGCAUAGACAAAAAUUUCAAUUUUCUGAAAAUUUGGAACACAUUCUUUUAUCCUAAAAUGUUAAUAAAUAAUUUCAGAAAAUGUAAUAAUAAACAAAAGACAUGACUCAACAUAAUAUUGAAAAUAAUUAUUGUGAGUCAACUAUCCAAACUAUAUCUUGCCAAAUUUUUUCGGAAUAAAGUGUUAU